CCUAUAUAUUAAUAUUUAUAUAUAUAUAUAUUAUUUUUUUCUAUAGACCUGUAUAUAAUCUCUAUAUAAAAAAUGUGGUUAUGUUUACUAAAGAUUGUUUAGUAGUUGGUAGCAGUGUUGCAUUGUAGCUGUCAAGUUGUGUUCGGCGUCUGUAAUUUUUAUUAAUUAAUAUUUUAUCUUAAAAAGCGGCAAAAUGACCAAAUUAUCAGCAAUUCCUUCAAUCUUACCUUCAACCACACAGGAAAAAGUUGCUAACUCUAAAGUAUUGGUUGUUGGUGCCGGCGGAAUUGGAUGCGAGGUUUUAAAAAAUUUAGCUUUAUCCGGCUUUCAGGAUAUUGAAAUAAUUGAUUUGGAUACAAUUGAUGUAAGCAACCUAAAUAGACAGUUUUUGUUCAGAAAAGAACAUGUUGGUAAACCAAAAGCAGUAGUAGCAAGGGAAAGUAUUCUAAGCUAUAAUCCUGAUAUUAAUAUUAAAGCAUAUCAUGACAGUGUAACAAGUCAAGACUAUGGAGUUAACUUUUUCAAGCGAUUUAACAUUAUUUUAAAUGCUUUGGACAAUAGGGCAGCCAGAAGUCAUGUGAAUCGAAUGUGUUUGGCAGCGAAUGUUCCAUUAAUUGAGUCUGGAACUUCAGGAUACUCUGGUCAAGUUGAAUUGAUUAAGAAGGGUGAAACUCAGUGUUAUGAAUGUACCUUAAAACUGCCACAAAAAACUUUCCCUGGUUGCACUAUCAGAAACACACCUUCUGAACCAGUACAUUGCAUUGUUUGGGCAAAACAUUUGUUUAAUCAACUUUUUGGUGAAGAUGAUCCUGAUCAAGAUGUGUCACCAGACACAGAGGACCCUGAAGCCAAAGCGGAAAAUGAACAUAGCUCCACAGAAUCUGGCAAUAUUAAAAGAUUAUCAACAAGACAAUGGUCACAAGAUAUUGAUUAUGAACCAGCACAGCUUUUUACAAAAUUUUUCCAUGAUGAUAUCAAAUACCUUUUGACAAUGGAAAACCUAUGGAAAACUAGAAAAGCACCAGUUCCUUUGUCAUGGGAACAAGCCGCCUCUCACAGAGGAGAUGCUGAAGCUGAGAAUAAUGUUCAGGCAAUUGAUAUGAGAAUCUGGUCUUUAAGUAAAUGUGCUAGUGUAUUUUCCGAUACAGUGUCUCAGCUGAAAACCGAGUUAAAAGGCAAAUCGUUCUUAGUUUGGGACAAAGAUGAUAAACCAGCAAUGGACUUUGUUACAGCCGCCGCCAAUAUUCGUUCAUACAUUUUCUCCAUCGAACAGAAGUCAAGAUUUGCAACUAAAUCAAUAGCAGGAAAUAUAAUUCCUGCAAUCGCGACUGCCAAUGCCAUGAUUGCUGGGUUGGUGGUUCUCCAUGCGUUUAGAGUUUUAGCGGAAGAGAUUGAAAAAUGUCCUACAAUAUUCCUCCGCCCCAAAUCGCGACAUUCGAAAUUUAUUCUUGCUGCCGACAAAGACCUAGUCAAGCCAAAUCCAAAUUGUUAUGUAUGUCGUGCAAACCCAACGGUUCACGUGUUCCUUAAUGUUAAUACAAUGCUUGUAAAAGAGUUUGAAUCAGAAGUACUAAAAUCUUAUCUUAACAUGGUGGCACCUGAUGUGGUUUUGGCAGGAAAAGAUAGUAUUGUAAUUUCAUCAGAGGAAGGAGAAACUGAGAUCAACAAUGAUAAAAAGUUAUCAGAAAUUGGAAUAGUGGAUGGAAGUAUCCUAAAAGUUGAUGAUUUUUUGCAAAACUAUGAGUUGACAAUAACCAUUACUCAAUAUGAAAAAUCAAAACCAGAAGACCCAUCAUUCAAAGUAGUUGGAAAUCCAGAAGAAAUGAAAGCCAAGGAGUCUACAAAUGGCAAAGAAAAUGGACAAAAAGAAGCAGAAAAAGAAGAAUCUGAUGAUGAUCUUAUGAUUGUUGAUGAAGAUGAUAAUGUUAAAUCUGAUGAUCCCCAAGAGGGCUCAUCAUCAAAAAAGCGAAAAUUAAAUCCAGUUGAAGAUGAUAUUUGUUUAAUUGAUGUUUAGGUUUCUGUAAAAAUCAUUUUUGUAUUGGUGUUUAAGUCUAACUUUCCAUUAUUAUUUUUUAUUAAAAUUUUAUAUACU